UAACAAAAAGGUUACUUCAUUUUGUGGCCAUGUAUUGUCUAGUUAGGUUUAAGAGUUAUGCCACUCUGGAAAUCUACAAUUUGCUAUUCAACUGUUUUGUCUAGAUGUACCCUUUAUUUAUUUUUCUCUUUUCACACUCAAUUUUUCUUCUAUGGAAUAAUGGUGACAAAAAACCCAGGAAUCUAGUCCCUUUUUAUACUUCCUAAAAGCCUAGAUUUUUAUAGCUGUAGAAGAAUGAAAAUCAAAGUGGGGAUCUGAAAAAGUAAGGAUGUAAAAAGAAAUGAACUAGUUGGGUUUAUAAAGUCUGAUACUUUUCACUGAAUUCCAGGACAAACAAUCAUGUUCUUUAGUUCUGUAACUAAUUUUUCCAGAACUUACACAUGUAAAAACCCAUGUUAUGUUCAUUCUCUUAGUACUUAAUGUCAGAUUAUACUUUUAAGUACCUUGAUGAAGUUUCCUUAUGCUUUCUUCUCUUCUGAAAUCUCUGCCUUACAGUUCAAGCAAUUAAGUCUUACAGCAGCUAAUACUUUCAUUUAAUCAAGUGAGAAAGCCAUUACCUCUUGAUUCAUUAGGUGGGGAAAGCAAAUUUUUGGUAAUGGAAGAAGAGGGUGUAUCAAAAUCUGUUCUGUUUACCUCUCAAGCAAGAGAUGAUAGCUUAUGUGCAAUGUAUUUUGGUAUGUCUUGUGCAUUCUUUGCUCUUAAGAACUUAUCAGAGCAACCAUUAGAUCAAGACCAAAAGUGUUUAGAAAUAAGGGACAAAAUGCUCCAAGGGAGUGCCCAUCUCUUGGGAUUGUUAGUAUGGAGGAGAGUACAAGGAGAAGAAGCUAAGAGUAUCGAAAAACACGAGCUUGUUCGUAAGCUGGAGGCAGCCGAGAGAGAAAUAUUCGAGUUGAAGAGGACAAGAAGUGAAGAUGCUAAAGCCAAUGAUAAAGUUGCUAGCAUCUAUGCUGCACAAGAACAAAGUUGGUUUGCUGAAAGAAGGAAGCUGAGGCAUCAAGUCGCGAGUCUUUUGAAUGACUUAAGAAUUUUUGAUAAACGGAAGAAUGAAACUAUUUCGGAAUUGAACAAGAAACUCGGUGAGAUGGAGGUAUUGAUUAAGUCUAAGGAAAAAGUUUUGGAGGAAGAUGAGAGGAGGAGGAAGGAAUUAGAAGAGAAAGUGAAGUCUACUGAAGUAGUUUUGGAGGAAUUAAGAGAGGCCAACAAGCGCGAAGCUCAAGAUCAUUCAUCUGAGCUUUUGAAGCAUAAGACAGCUUUCAUUGAGCUUGUGUCUAACCAAAGACAGGUUGAAGCAGAGUUGGGUAGAACACUUAGACAAGUAGAAGCGGCUAAACAGCAGCUUGAAUAUGUGUUCGAGGAAAAGGAAGAGGCAAUGUUGAUGGUGGAAGAGCUAUCAGCUGAGAUUGAGAAAAUGCGCAAAGAAUUGGAGCAAAAGGACAAGAUUUUUUCAGUAAUGUUGAGGAAAAUUAAGCUGAAUUCACCUGAAAAACAGAUGAUUUUGAAAGAGGUUAAGUUGUUCAAACCCAAAAGAAAGAUGAUUGAAAGAAAAACAGAAAGGUUGGGAAGUUUUCCUGGUUCGAGAAGUGAAAGACACACUUUGAGAAAUUUGCUGUCAAGGCAAGUUAGUUCAAGGUUGUUAGAGGCUUUUCCUAAUGAUGAUAGAAUCAAAUCAGAGCAACAUGAUGCUGGUUUUGAUGAUUUGGAUGCUGAAGUUAGAAAGAAAAAUGAAGAUUAUUCGCCACAUUUUGAGCAAGGAUUUCCUGAAGAAUGUACAGAGUUUCAUGACCAAGCAACUCGGUUAGAUGAAUGGGUUCAUGCAGAGGCAGAAAAGUACCAUAAUGCUAUUGAGAAGCGGCAUCAGCUGGAUUUAGAUUCGUUGGAAGAGCAAUUACGCAUGAAAGAUGAUAAACUAGAAGCCUACCGUUGGCAGGUCUUAAGUGCAGAAGUGGAGUCAAAGAGGUUGCAAUCAAAAUUAGAAGGCCUUAAUCAAGAAAUGUCCCAACUCCGAGAUCAUAACUUGAAACUGCAGACCUUGUUAGUGGACCGAGAAGUUGAACUCAAAACUAUGAGGGAUCAGAUUGCAACACAAUUGAACAAUUUCAAUGCUCAAAAGAGUAAAAAACUUUCAUCUAGGAAAGAAACACAGCAAGAUGAUGAUCAUGGUUGGUCCAGCUUUAAGAUCUUAAAGCGAAAACCAGCUACAGAAGAGGCUAAGAAAGUAAAUGAACACGAAUCUUUGUCGAAACAUACUUCAUCAACCUCAUUCGGUUCCAUUGAAGAUGUUGAAGAGAAAGACGGUUUGGAAGGUUCUGAAACCAUAGGAAAAGAAUUAGCAACUAAUAUAUGCUUGAAGAAGAUAAACGCAUCACCAUGGAAAGUGGAUCUUCAUGCCUUGGGAGUUACUUACAAGAUCAAAAGGCUAAAUCAACAGCUACUUAUGCUUGAGAGAUUAACUGGAAAUCCAGAAAAUAAUGAAUUCAAGGAUUUUUGUUUGCUGAUUUCUUUGCUCAAAAAGCAAGUUAGCAGGUAUCAAUCGCUUCAAGAGAAGACCGAUGAUCUUAGCAAACGAAUGGGAGAGAAGGAUAUAAAUGUAAAACGAGGAGUAUCAAGUUCCAAGAGAACGAAGGAGGAGAAAAGAAAACUCGAGCACUUCCUAGAGGAGACAUUUCAGUUACAAAGAUUUAUUGUUGCAACAGGGCAGAAAUUGAUAGAAGUACACUCCAAGAUUGGUUCUGGAUUUGCUGGGAUUGCGAGUGAGCUUGACGGCCUUGCUAAUUUCGAUAUGAAACGUUUUGGUGAUACUAUGCAAACACUCUUUAAGGAUGUUCAAAGAGGUCUUGAGGUCAGGAUUUCGCGGAUUAUUGGAGAUCUUGAAGGAACACUAGCUUAUGAGGGAAUUCACUUUCUCAAGUAGUAGUAAUUUUGGAGUCUAAAAGGUUUCAGGGUGUUUUUUUAUUUUGUGUAAAAAUCAUUGGAUGUAUAUUCUAUCUUUCAGUCAAGUUGAUGCAAAAAAAUACUGACUUUGUAAAUAAACAACCAUCCAAAAUAAUAUUAUUUCAUAAAUGUGUUUGUUGUA